AUGUCAUUGGAUGUAGAGGAUCGAAGUGAAGAUAUAAAGAACAAUUAUUUACCUAAAGGACACUUGUUAGAAGAAGAAGAAGAACUUGUCCGGAAUGUUCCGAAUAUUCAGUCAGAGAUAUUCAGCAAUGGAAAAGGCAGCUCACAUGUUCAUCCGGUCGACAUCACAAAGAAAUGUUUUUAUUGCGGAAGAGAGGACAAAAAACCAGAAGCGGAGAAAAAAAAGAAAAUCAACAAUGGGUUCUAUCUGAGCGUAAUUCUUGGCAACAAUAUUGACCUAACAAUGAGCAGCACUGAACGAUUUUAUUUCAAGAAGGAUUAUGAGACUUUCAAGCUUCGCUUCACACUUUUCAAUCUCUUUCCCCUGGCUAUUGCUUUUAUGUUUCCAUCACGCCCGAUGGACUCGAUAUGCCACUUCCUCAUGGUUUGGUACUAUUGCACACUAACUAUACGAGAAAGCAUACUAAUACUCAAUGGUUCUAGACUCGGAUCUUGGUGGGUGGCGCACCACUAUCUUGCAUGCGUGAUCGGAGGUGUCGCACUCACAUGGCCAGAUGAUGCUGCUUACAAGGCCUUCCAUUCGCAGUUCCUCCUAUUUGCCGCGUACAUAUGUCUCGUUCAACAGCUGCAAUACCAGUAUCAAAGCGGCUGCCUGCGCCGGCUGCAUUCACUAGGACAUGGCGACAGCAUGGACGUUACUCUCGAAGGUUUCGCUGCAUGGAUGUUCCAAGGACUAACGUUCCUCCUACCCUUCUUAGGCGUCGUCUACGUGCUGGAGUUAUACAAUGCUUACACAUUGUAUAGCAUUUGGAGAAGUCACGAAUGUGUGUGGCAGGUACCGACACUCUCCGUCCUUUUUCUCGUCGUUGGAGUCGGCAAUAUCGCUAUGGUUUUGCAGAUUGUGCUCCAGAAAAUGACCGAGAACAAGACCUCUAGAGUGGCUGCAAUCCUAAAGAAGUAUCCAUCGAUGGCUAAGAUACAAUAA